GCACGCCACAGUGACUCUACACGCUGGCUCCAUGGUGAACUUCCCCCAGAUUGAUGCUCUUGAACAAACCCCCAAGUGAAACGUCACGCACAGAGGAGCCCUGCCUCUCCCAUGAAGUUCACUCUCCAGGCUCCAACAUGAACGUGAAGGAUCUGGCUGUGAACGCGUUCGCCCAGAAUAAGAAAGCCGCUCUGCUGAUCGGAGCAGGUGUUGCUGUUCUCGGCCUCGGUCUCGGAUAUAAAUACACGCGAAAGCCUGAAAAAGUUGUGCGCGUAGGCGUGGUGUCGCAGCUCCUCGUUCACCCCCUGAAGUCUGGGAAAGCGGUGUCUGUGAGUCUCGCAGAAUGCCACAAUAUUGGCUUAAAGUAUGGAGAGCUGCAGGAUCGACACUGGCUGGUGAUCACAGAGGACGGGCACAUGGUGACGGGCCGGCAGGAGCCUCGCCUGGUGUUGGUGUCUCUGACGUGCGAGGGAGGUCGUGUGUGUCUGAACGGCCCCGACAUGGAGGAGCUGCGCUUCCCCCUGCAGCAGCCUGACAACCCCGUCACCGACUGCAGAGUGUUCGGCGCUGACAUUCAAGGCAGGGACUGCGGCGACGAAGCCUCCGGCUGGCUCACUCGUUAUCUGGGGGCAGAGAAAACCUUUCGCCUUGUGCACUUUGAACCUCAGAUGAAGCCCAGGAGGCCGGUCGAGAAAGAGCCUCUUUUCCCUCAGUAUGAGGUGGCGUACCCUGAUAUUGGACCUGUGAUGCUGCUGUCCGAGGCCUCUGUCAGGGAUCUCAGCAGCAGGUUAGAGAGGGACGUGACGGUGGAGCGUUUCCGGCCCAACAUCGUCGUUGGCGACUGUGAGCCGUUCGACGAGGAUUCAUGGGAGAAGAUCCAGAUUGGCGAAGUGCAGCUGCAGCGUGUAAUGUCAUGUGGAAGAUGCAUUUUCACCACAGUUGACCCUGAGACUGGUGUCAUCAGUAGAAAAGAACCUCUGGAGACACUGAAAAGCUAUCGCCUGUGCAACCCCUCGGAGAAGCACAUUUACAAAUCGUCGCCGCUGUUUGGACAGUUGUACACGGUGAAGAAGACGGGGAUCCUGCAGGUCGGCGACGAGGUGUACAAGAUCACCCACUGAGAGAAAGGAAAAACAUGGCAGCAGCUCCCUGUCACGUUUCUGAAGAGGGAACAGGUGUUGCUAGUCCAAUCAGGGCUGUGUAAAUCCACCCUGAAGAGCGCAGUUAAAAUAUAGAACAAUCACAAAACAGAAAAAAAAAAUUAUGCCAGACAGUAUUUUUGAUAUCAGUCCUUGUGAUUCACAGACAGAAAACAACUAAUGCACUGGAAUAUAAAUAAUUCAGCAUGCACUUAAACUCUGGAGGAGGAUAAAUAAGUAGCUUUUAUGGUGUAUGAUCUUUGUUAUUCUACUCGGAUGUGUCAUUGGAGUUCCUGUUAUAUAACGCUAAUGAGGCCUGAAAUAAACACAUUUCUAUUAAUCCCACAUUGUGUACACUACUUACUGGAUCCUGAAAGUAUGAGUUGCUAUUAAAACACAUUAAAGAGAUGA